AUGCCCCAAAGCUGGGAGGAGUUCUUCAACAUGAAGCACUCCAGAGCACGAAAUGUCGUAGAGAGAUGCUUUGGAGUGCUUAAGAUGAGAUGGGGGAUUUUAAGAUCUUACUCUUUCUAUCCCAUUAGGACUCAAUGUCGCAUCGUCACUGCCUGUUGCCUUCUCCACAAUCUCAUUAAGCGUACAAUGGCGGUGGAUCCCGUUGAAGCUCAAUACAUGGUGUGGGAGCAGGCCAACCUACAUAAUGUACCACCUGAUGAGUACAUUAGAACUCUCGAAAGUACAAACCAAUGGACUCAAAUGAGGGAUAACUUGGCAACCCAAAUGUACAACGAUUGGUUAGCUCAUCAUGGGGGUGGCCAAUAG